UUCUUCUUCCCCGGAGCCACCGGCCGCCACGCGUCGCAGGAAGCAUCCGGAACGCGGCACGUCGGCCUUCUCCGCCUCCACCUCUUCCCACUCCCCUUCUAGACGUUCCCGCACCAGCCCGAUCAGCCGAAGCGCCAAACAUCCAAACCCCCGCGGAGAAGAAAGGGUACCCCGAGCCCGAGCCCUCAACCCGGAGCGACCCGAUGGAGAAGAAUGGUCUGCUCGGCGUCCGCAAGAAGCUGCCGCCGGGGAAGCGGCUGCGGAGCAAGUUGGUGGCGCCCGUGCCGGCCGGCGGCGGCGGGGCCCUCGCGAAGGCGAUCGCGGACUACCUCGCGUCCGAUUCCUACAUGUACGCGCCGCUGGCCUCGGCUCCACCCCCUCCGCCACCACCGCCGCAGCCCAAGGCGGCGCCCUCCGCGGCGGUUCCGUCCGCUCCUCCUGAGAAAGAAGUAACAUUGGUGCAAAAUACGGAGGCUCUUGGCGAGCUACCUUCACCGCCUGCUAGAAAGCAUUUGUGGACAUCAUGUUGGAAUUGUGUCCUUCUAGCAUAAAGCUCGAACUCUACCACUGUUGUUUCUUCACUCUGCUAUGUUAAUGCCUAAACACUGUUACUUAACAAGCCUCCUUUCUUAUGGAGUUCGCGUGUGAGGGCCCACGUUAAUGUGUAGCAUAGGUAUCUAGCUUUAGCUUAUCGUGUAUGUUUACUAAUGCAGCCUCACUGUUCAGUAUAUCCUGCCCAUUCUGCUUUUUAUCACUGCCAUAGCAUUUUCUCUCUCCUUUUCUGUCCUCACUAAUAUGCUUUUAGAUGGAUUGUGAUUUUUACAACAUAAACAUAAUGAUAGACAGCUCUCCCGCCGGUUUCGAGAAAAAAAAACAACAAUUGGGAUGUUGCAUUCAGUGUUUAUUGCUAUGCUGUCCACUAUGUCACACUUCAAUCACCAUUCUUUUUUCUAAUAGUAAAUAAAGGGACAGAGUGAGCAUUUUGGUAACAGCCAUCGGAAUGAGCAUUUUGGGAAACAUGAAUGUAAGUAUGUAUCUGUCACUGUGGACUGAGUCUGGUGCAGAAGUAUCAUGUUGUUCUUGUUUUACUCUGCUCCCCUUGCUCUGUGCUUUUAUUUUGUCUUUCUGAAAGGCAUUGACUGUAGUGUUUACGAAACACUUUAAUGAGCUUGAAACACCUUUCUAGUGGUUGUUGGUAGCAUAGAAUUCUAGUUCAUGGGCCACUUUCAUCAUUGCUCUUCAACGUAACUUCUGUUUGGGUCUAAUAAGGUUAAGCCGCACAGAAUGAUGCGCUCGUGGGGGCAAGGGCAAGCAUGGACAAUCAUGAGAUCUCGUCCGAUUUAAACAUGGUUGAAUAUGAUCACCUCUUAUGUUGGACCUUCUCAGAGAAGUACAUUUCCAUGGCCAUGGCUGAGAUUUUUGUGGUGUUAAGUGUGGGGAUAAAUGAGAAUUAAUAAGUGGUCCAGAACGGCAUGAGAAAUUCAUAUGGAAGAAAGGAAGGUAGCCAAUCUGAAUUAGUUGGAACAGAAGAACAGGACCAGCCACAUGCGUGCACAUGGCUUAGAGCCCCCACAUCUGCAUGACCUUCCAACUGGAUUUGGAUAUGCAUGUACCUGCAAACAAAACUGGAUUUGCUUGUGUUAAAACUAAUAGAAAGGUUUCCUGUACACUGAAAAGGAAAUGAGUUUUCAUAGUCGAGGAACUAGUUCUUGUGCAUGCAAUUCGAACUUUGAGCGAUUUUUGUUGGAUCUGGCAAUUAUACUAGAGAUAGAGAUUUCAAAGUAUGAUGUUUUGAGUCUUUUUUCUGUUAACCUUUGCUCUGAAGUGUUUUGAGUCCUUUCCUGUGAAGCAGCACCCAGAUCAGAAGUUCAGUGAGACAGUCAAUGGAGAUACUUGAACUAAUUGCGCCGGAAUAAGGCUAUUAGCUUUUCUUUCUUGCAGGACAUGGAGAAGCUACCGGUUGGUCUAGCUGCUUAAGACUCGGGAAUAGUCUCCUGAUGAUUGUAUACUUUUGCUUUCUUCUGGUGAAGCAUCCACUUCUGCAUUGCUACCUUGAGCACGGCGCAGAAAGCCUGCCUUUUUAUGGUUGUGAUCAAGGAUGCUGACCAUGUUGGGCAAAGUGCUGAUGCUUGAUAUUUUGAUGGUUCCAGGUGCGUUCUACUUGACCGCAGUUUGUUGAAUUUUAAGUGUAUACCUUAAUUAAGGAUCAGAAUGCUGAUGAAAACCUAGAGAGGCGCAUCGUGACAAUUAUUGCAUGUCAAUUUUCUGGUAGAUUCUGUGUGGAGGCCAAAAAAUUCAUUAUGAAGUUGCUUUUGGGGAUGCAAUCCCGGCCCUGCUACAUGUGAAGAGAGAUGCACUUGAGGCCCACAUCAUUAGUAAUCUAUAAAAUAAGUUUUUGUCGUUGCCUCUUUUUUGUCUCCGAGAGAAAUGAACAAUGAAGAAUCAUACAAACCAUCUUCUAUUUUUCUGUUUUUCUAUCUCCUGAGGGGCAGAAUCAUACAAACAUGAUACUGUAGCAGAGGUUUUCUGAACUUUCCCCUAAUGUUUCUUUUAGAAGGGAUCUUAUAGGGCCAAAAUUAAUAAUGUGGAAUGUUUUACUUCCUCGAUUUGUUAAUAUUUUAUUUACUUAGGAGCAAGAUGAGUUCCGCUGGAACUUAACCCCGAAUAGACAGUUCAUGGUGAAAUCUCGCUAUCUUGCCUUAGUGCAUAGCGAUGUUCCCAACCUUAAUAAAAGCCUUUGGAAUCUGAAGGUGCUUCUUAAAGUCAGAAUCUUCCUGUGGUAUCUAUGUAAAGGUGUAGUUUUGACAAAGGAUAAUCUGGCUAUACGGAUUUGGUAAGGUAGUAAGAAAUGCUAUUUUUGUCACAAAGAAGAGACAAUUAAACAUCUUUUCUUUGAAUACCGUCUUGUCUGCACAGUAUGGUUAAUCAUACAAUCGGCUUCAGGGCUCUUACGGCCCGUAGUGUAUCACAUAUGUUCGGUACUUGGUUACGGGGUAUUAGGAGGGGCUUGAAACCAAAAAUCCUGUUGGGGGCGGUUGCUACUUGCUGGUCGCUUUGGUUAUGCAGGAAUGAUAUGGUGUUCGAUAAAAGAAUUAUCUCAUCUCCUUUGCAGGUUAUCAACAUUUAUACCCACUGACUCUGUACCUAGGCUAUAUUGCAGAAGCUGGAUUCUCGAGAUAUGGUUACAGUGACGUGUCAACAUUUGGAGAGGGUGGUCAGGGAGUGUUUUACCCAGGUUUAUGGGUAGUGAUCUAAUCGGAGGAUCAGAACGCCUUAACUUUUCCUGUUGUCACCUUUGUCACUCUCUACUUAUGCUUUUCCCUUUUAUUUCUUUGGCUGUGUGCAUCUUGAUUAUGCAGAGUCUGAGAGUGUUCUUAGUGCGAUUGCACCAAUUUAAUGUAAUUGUCUGAGAUCAAUAAAACUUCCCUUAUCUUAAAAAAAAAAAUCUCUUGAGGGGGCAUUCUUAACAUCUUAUUGGCGCAUGUGGAUCAUGCAGCAAAUCUCUUGUUUGAUGGGUCAACGAUUGGUGAACCGAUGAUCUUACGAAUCUAUAGAAAUUGUAGGAGAUGCUUCAAGUAGACGAAUCAAACAGUGCAUGUACGAUCUUAUACAUGUUCAAGCCUUUUUUAGGAUAAUAGCCAUACGUCAUGCUGAUCUUGUUUUCUCUAGGACAGUUUACAAGGGGGUGCUUGCUAUCCUAGAUGGAUCUAAAACCUAGUCAGAGUGAUCUCUUGUAUGU